AUGGAAAGACGUCGGGCUCAGUUGAAGAAAGAACAGGCGGCAGCAGCAGAUGGGACUGGAGUAGAUGGCAGCACGAGUGCAGAAGGUGCUGAUGCAGCCGCCGAGGUUGGAUCAUCGAUGGACGUGGCUGGUGGUAAGGAAGGGCGACCGAGUGGAGGAGAUGAGGACGAAGAGGCACCGCCGCAUCUUGACCCCGAAGGAGCUCCAGUUGGAGAAGAAGUACUGGAAAUGGACAAUGUUGAAAGGACCCAGUUAGUUAAGAUUGUGUCUUAUAAGGGUAGUAUGAAGGUUAUUCGUUGA